UUUGUAUACACUAUGUAGGUUUAUAAAAGGGAUGCCACAGGUGGCUCCAGAGAAGCUUAUACAAUCUCCCCCUGUCUCUGUGGUAGAGAAUGGCACAAACAGGUCCUCUGGAUAGAGCGCAAUUGUGCUGCUCAAUUUGUCUGGAGAUACUGAAGGAGCCAGUAGCUCUUCCCUGUGGACACCGCUACUGUAUGGGCUGUAUCAGGGCCUGCUGGGGUGAAGAUGACUCCUCUUACAUCUUCAGCUGUCCUCAGUGCAGACAGACCUUCACUCCAAGACCAAUUCUGAAGGGAAACAUCAUUUUGGCUGAGAUGGUGGAAAAACUGAAUACAGGAGGACUCCAAGCUGUACCCUCUGGUCAACGCUGCCGGUAUGCUGAAGCUGGAGAUGUGGCGUGUGAUAUCUGCCUCGGUGGUCAGAUCAAAGCCACCAGAUCCUGCUUGGUGUGUCUGGCCUCUUACUGUGCAGCUCACCUCCACACUCACAACGAAUCUCCUGCCCUUAAGAAGCACACCCUGGUUGAAGCCACCAUGCCACUGCAGGGGCGGAUCUGCUCUCAUCACGAUAGACUACUGGAGAUCUACUGUCGUACUGAUCAGCAGUGUAUCUGUCUGCUGUGUGUGAUGGAUGAACACAAGAGCCAUGCUACCGUCUCAGCUGCAGCAGAAAGCACCAAGAAACGGAGGCAGCUGGGGAAGACGAGGAAGAAAUCCAAACUGAGAAUGCAAGCCAAAGAAAAGGAACUACUGGAUCUGAGACAGGCUCUGCAAUCACUGAAGCACUCUGCACAGACAGCAGUGGAGGACAGCCAGGAGAUCUUUACUGAGCUGAUCUGCUCCAUAGAGAGAAGGUGCUGUGAGGUGAGAGAGCUGAUCAGAGCCCAGGAGAAGACUGCAGUGAGUCAGACUGAAGGGCUCAUACUGAGACUGGAGCAGGAGGUGGCUGAGCUGAGGAAGAAAGACUGUGAGCUGGAGCAGCUUUCACACACAGAGGAUCAUAUCUAUUUUCUACAGAACUGCCAGUCAAUCUCUAAAUCGACUGAACUCACAGACACACCCAGAAUCACAGUGGUUCCUCUGCUGGAUUUCGGUCAAGUUCGAGCCUCGGUAUCAGCACUCCAGAAGAGAUUGGAGGACCUGUUGAAAGGGGAAUGGCCCAAAAUAUCCAGGGCAGCGGGCACAGUGAAACUCCUGCAGUGUCCAGAGCCCCGGAUCAGACCAGAGUUCUUAUACUAUUCCUGUCAGCUCACACUGGACCCCCGGACAGCCCACAGGGACCUGAGUGUGUCUGAGGAGAACAAGGUGGUGACAGUGAGGGCCAGGGACCACUCCUGCCUGGAGCACCCAGAGAGGUUUGAUCACUGGAGCCAGGUGCUGUGUACUGAGGCCCUGUCAGGGCGCUGCUACUGGGAAGCCGAGUGGAGCGGGAGUGGCAUCAACAUGGCUGUGGCGUACAAAGAGAUGACCAGGAGAGGAGAGGGCAACGACUCCCACUUUGGACGCAAUGACAAGUCCUGGAGUUUGUUCUGUUCCAGAAAAGGUUGUACCAUCUGGCACAAUAACGUGGCCACUAGAAUACCCACUUCAACCUCCUCUAGGAUAGGAGUGUACCUGGAUCACAGGGCAGGAAGUCUGUGUUUCUACAGCGUCUCUGACACAAUGACCCUGCUCCAUAGAGUCCAAACCACAUUCACUCAGCCCCUCUAUCUUGGCUUUGAGUUUAUGUGUUUCGGAGUCUUCGUUAAAUUGUGCCAGAUGGAGUGAAAGCGAAACAGCUGAGAGAAAGGCAGUAGCAUGUGUGAAAAUGUGUUUAAUGUUGAAGUUAAUAAUUGAUAGUCUCAAAUGUUGCUCACUCCAGUUUGUAUUUGUUUAUUACUGAAGAGUUAAAGUAUAGUUUAGUAGUUUAGUUACUGUAGAGUUUUUAUAAUUUGUAUUUUGCUGGCAAAACAAAGUACAAUAAUUUCAAUGCAAAUUCUGCAAAUACCUUCUUGUGAAAUUAAAAGAAAAGUCUUUCCUGUUCCCCCAUUCUCUAAUCUGACUGUCAUCACAUCCCCAUUAUGUUGAUUCGAAAUUGUCAUAUUAAGGGCAAUAUCAAUAGCACUGACAUUUGAUGUUUUUAAAACACAUUUAUUGUGGUAUGUUUUUAUCAAAAGUAUCACAAGUAACCUCUGUGGCAACAGCACAGCAGUGCGCAAAAGUCCAGUCUGUUGCGAAAUUGUCACGCCCUGACCUUGGAGAUCCUUUUUAUGUCUCUAUUUUGGUUUGGUCAGGGCUUGAGUUGGGGUGGGCAUUUCUAUGUGUUGUGUUUCUAUGAUUUUCUAUCUCUAUGUUUUGGCCUGGUAUGGUUCUCAAUCAAGGACAGCUGUCUAUCGUUGUCUCUGAUUGGGAACCAUACUUAGGUGUCUUUUUUUCCACACCUAUCUUGGUGGGAAGUUAACUUUGUUUGAUGGCACAUAGCAUGAAGCUUCACGGUUUGUUUGUGUAUUGUUUAGUCGGUGUCAUUUUGAGUUAAUAAAGAGAAAAUGUACGCUCACGA